AUGGAAGAAGUAUUCUUUCAAGUUAGUAAGCAGACGAAUAUAGUCAGUUGUUGCAGUCGUGAAACUCGUGAGAGAAGAUGCAAAACAACUGAACAAAGCCGAUGUACACCAGAAACUAAAGUCGGUCAUAAACAACUACGCAAUCAGGGCUUUUUAUUCUACCGCCAACAAUUUUGUGCUUUAAUGAUCAAGCGUUACACAUUCACAAAACGCAAUUUAAUAUUCGUUCUCAGUCAAAUUAUUGUACCCAUUGCGUUCACCUUGAUCGCUUUAUUCAUAUUUCAUCAUUUACUAAAUAAAAACAAUUCACUCGAUCCACGUUUGGACUUGUUAUUAAAGCCUUAUGGUAAAGAUUUGUUACUUACAUUAAGCAAUGAAGCUGAGGGUUGGGAAAAACGUCAAAACACUGAUCAGUUUAUUCAGUCCUAUAUGCGGCAGUUUGAUAAUAAGCAAGUUACGCCAAUUGAAUUCAAUACAUCCACAGGAAGUUAUGAAGAUCAUCUACUGAAACAAAUAGCCAUUCCUCACUUGUUUUACUUCCGUCUCAAAUCAAUUAUCGGGCUAGUGGUUGAUACAAAAUCAACUCUCAAAGACCAAAUCAUUUCAUUACGUGCUUACUUUCAAGGUGAAUCAUUUCAUGCUGCUCCAAUUUCUUUGAAUGCAGUCGUGAACGGAUUUUUACAGUACCUAACUUCAGUUAAUCAGACAAUAUGCCCUGGUCUAACUACUAAAAACAGUCCGCCACAAAUUUAUGUAUCUAAUCAACCUCUGCCUGAAACCAAAGAGGAACGUGCCAAACAGAUUGAUGAAAUCGAAGGUCUUAUGCGCGUUGUAGUAGCAGGCUUUCCAUUAGCGUCCAAUAUUCUAUUCGCUGCGUCCUAUUUGGCCUCUUGUUUUGGUUUCUUUCCAGUUUAUGAAACUGUGACUAAGGCGAAGCAUUUGCAAUUUGUUUCUGGAGUAAAAUUAGCACUCUACUGGAUAUCUAUCUAUGUGUGGGAUCUGUGCAUAUUUUUUCUAUCCGUUGGUUCUAUAUUACUGUGCUUUAUGGCAUUCAAUUUGGAACAGUUUGCUCUUGGUGAAAGGUUUCACAAUUUAGUUAUAUUAUUUGGAUUAUUCAUUUGGGCUGUAUUACCGCAAACAUAUUUGUUGUCUCGACUAUUCCGAUCACCUACAUCUGGUUUGGUUUGGAUUACAGCUAUCAAUGUAUUCACUGCUUCUAUCGGUCUUAUAAUGGUUGGUUUACUAUCUCAUCCAAUGAUUCAUCAACAAGCAGUUGGGGUUUGUCUAAUGUAUUUUUGGAUUGCUAUUUCUCCAUCAUUUUGUCUUUCUCAUGGUAUAUUCCAAUUAUUUAUUAAUUAUCAGUUUCGUCAAGUUUGCGAUUCUCCACUUGUUCAAUUCUUAUGUCUUGUGGACCAGGUAAACGCUUGCUGCUUAAAAACCUGCGAUCCAUUCUGUGCAUAUUGGACGAAUAAUGAAUUAUCCUAUGAAUUGGGUGGUGUUGGCGCUCAUCUUACUGCUUUAUCUAUACAUGGCUUUCUCUAUUUUUCCCUUGUAUUAAUUUCAGAUUCGUCAAUUGGAAGAAAUUUAAAGAUCUGUCUCAUCGUAUUGUAUAGACGUUUUCGUUAUCGACAUCACAAUCCUGAAUUAUUGUUAUUAAAUCAGUAUCACGAUGACUUAAGCUUCGACGAUAGUAAUUUGCCAGCUGAAGAUGUUGAUGUACGCCAACACAGGCAUCUAGUUGAAUCGUUACCGUAUGCACGACUAAAAGAACAAACUUCUCUUGCACUAUGCCGCGUUAGUAAAACUUAUGGAUCAAUUAAUCCACGGUGUAAACAAAACAAAAAACCUGCAGUAGACCGCCUAUCCUUAGCUAUUCCUCCAUCAGAAUGCUUUGGUUUAUUAGGCGUAAAUGGUGCGGGGAAAACGACAACCUUUCGAAUGAUAACGGGGGAUUUAGAACCUUCUUCUGGACAUAUAAUAGUUGUUGGACAUGAUUUAAAUAGAAAUUUACGAAAAGCACAACAGUCUUUGGGUUACUGUCCACAAUUUGAUGCACUCUUACCGUAUCUUACUGGAUAUGAAACAUUGCAGUUGUUUGCUCGUCUACGUGGAAUUCAAGAAGGGCUUUUAAAUACAGAAAUCGAUCAACUAUUAAGUGAUCUGAAGUUAACUGACCUUGCUCACGUUUUAGUCAGUCGGUACAGUGGUGGGAAUCGACGAAAGUUAAGUGUAGCAAUAGCGCUUGUCGGUGAAACUCCGCUUAUUUGUUUAGAUGAACCUACCACCGGUGUAGAUCCUAUAUCACGUAGACAUAUUUGGAAUUUGCUCUUAAAAUAUAGACGUCAAGGACGUACACUGGUACUCAGCUCACAUAGUAUGGAAGAAUGUGAAGCAUUAUGUUCUCGUGUCAGUAUUGUUGUCAAUGGUAGAAUGAAAUGUUUAGGAACGUGCCAACACUUAAAAGCACGUUUCGGUCAUGGCUAUAGUCUUAAUAUACAAGUGAUGAUUCCGAUGGUAAAUCAUCAUCUCAGUUCACUUAAUGCUGAACCAACCGUGUCAUCAACAUCAAGUUCCCGUGUCCCACAUCAGUUGUCAUUAAUUAAUGCAGUAAAUAAUGUGGAUAGUUUUAUCAAACGUGAAUUUCCCGAUGCACGUUUAGUUGAUCGACAUCAGGGUGUACUACAAUAUCAUUUACCAACAGAUGGGAGAAAUCAAAUACGCUUAAGUCAUAUAUUCCACCUUAUGGAAUCGAAUAAAACACGUCUCGGACUACUAAAUUAUUCAGUUAAUCAAACAACUCUAGAACAAAUAUUUAUAGAUUUAAUUAAACUACAAGAAGAACCUGUAAAUCAAUAA